AAUAUAGUACUACUUGUUCAUUGCCUGUGCCUCCACCACUUGCAAUCUCGUCCACUUUACCCAAGAAAUUCCCUCCCCGUUUUAGAGAUUUCAUCAGACAUGGUAGAAGUUCAAGUCAUUUUUACCUGUUUAGUUGGAGCAACAUCAAAUGAAUCAAUUUCAACCCCCAAAAAAAUCUCUAAAAUUGAAAUGACACCAUGGGAUUUACAGUUCCUUCGUCUUGAAACUAUCCAAAAAGGUCUUCUUUUUCACAAACCAAAACAAGAAAACACUAAUACUUCCAAAUCAUCACUCGUUGACCGCUUAAAAGAAUCUCUUUCUCGCACUUUACACUUCUUUCCUCCUUUAGCCGGCCGUUUUUCGACCAUCGAAAAUACAGAUGAUGACACGGUUUCUUUCUUCAUCAAUUGUAACAACGCUGGUGUGGAAUUCACCCACGCCAGUGCUCCAAAAUUAACUGUAUCUGCUAUUCUUGAUUCUACACGGGUGCCACUUAUUGUUCACCAUCUUUUCCCACUAAACAAUAUUCGAAAUAUCGAGUGUGUUACUAAGCCUUUAUUUGGGGUUCAAAUAACAGAGUUGGUUGAUGGUUUUUUUAUUGGAUGCACUAUGAGUCAUAGCUUAGGUGAUGGCACUUGUUUUUGGCAUUUCUUCAAUUCUUGGUCCGAAAUCUCUCGUGGAUGCCAAAUUAUUUCCAAAAUUCCAGUUUUCGAACGUUAUUUUUCCGAGGAAAUGAAAACUCCUAUUCACCUUCCCCUAAAGCUAGAUGAUGAGAAAUUGUUUGAAAAAUUUGAAGUUCCACCUUUAAUGGAGAGAAUAUUUCAUCUUAGUAAAGAAAGUAUAUGUAAACUCAAAGAUAAGGCCAAUUCAGAAAUGGAUGUUAAAUCGAUUUCUUCUCUACAGGCGUUUUUGGCUCACCUAUGGCGCUCUAUUACCCGUUGUCGGAAGCUUGAUGAUGAGAAAGAAGUUGUCAUCAGCAUUAUCAUUGGUGCAAGAACAAGGCUAAAUCCUCCUCUUCCAGAAGGGUAUUUUGGAAAUGCAGUUCAUAUCAAGCAAGUAAAGAUAACUGCAGGGGAGCUACUAAAAAAUAGACUAGGAUGGGCUGCAAUGCAAAUGAACAAGAUGGUUGUUUCUCAAAACUCUGAAGAAGUGAUGAAAUUUUAUAAAGAGUGGGCAGAAAAUCCACUUAUAUUCUGUAAGGGUUCAGUAAUUGUGGGAAAUACUAGAUUGGGCAUUAGUAGUUCUCCAAGAUAUAACAUUUAUGGUACUGAUUUUGGUUGGGGAAAACCAGUUGCUGUGAGAAGUGGAAUGGCAAAUAAAAGUGAUGGGAAAAUUACAUUAUUUCCUGGUGUAGAAGAAGGAAGUGUAGAUAUUGAAGUUUGUAUUUUGCCUGAGACUUUGCAAGCAUUGGAGAGUGAUCAAGAAUUCAUGGAAGCUAUAACUAAGAAUUGAAACUUCCUUAGCUACUACUAGGAUCAUUUUUAUGUUGUAUUUGCUUAUUUAUUUUUGUUAAUCAGUAAUCAAUACUUUUGAGUAAAACUAGUAGUUGUUGUUGUUUCUAAAUAAUGCACGUGUAAGUAAACCUGUGAUUGUCCACUAAUAAAGUGAUAUGAUCAAGUAUCA